GCAAAAGGAAAGGUUAGAUUUAUGCCGAUCUUACGAUGGCAGUAGAAUUUUUAGUAAAUCGAUUUAAAGCCCUUAUCGUGAUUCUCUUGGGAAUAUUUAAACGGGCAAUGUGUUGUCUUCGACGUCGACGAAGAUCGUCCUGUGAUUCAAUUCCUUUAUCUGUUGUCGGCGUAGUGCCGAAUACUUCAAAUAACCCAACAGAAUCAGAGCAGUGGGAUCAAUGGGAGGAAAAUCCUAUUGUAGUCAUACCAAAUAAGCCAGUUAAUGCGAUACAAGCUAAGAUUGACCAGUACCGACAGCAAGCAUCUAAACCACCAGAAGUAACCGAAGAGCAGCAACAAAAUUUCUUUGAAGACAUGACACCAAAGAUUACUGCACAGACAAAGAUUCUAGUUAAGGAUAAAGCAUCAGAAAAUGCAUUGUGGAAUUCCUCAAGAUUAGCAGUUGCUAAUAAUCCUCUGCCAUCUAAGGAACUAGAAGAAUGGGAAGAUAAUGCUGUUGGUUGGGAAGAAGAAACGGUCAAAGAAUUUGGAGACCCUACAAAAGCUUUAAGAGAACAGAAGCGAAGGGAAAGAGAACAACGGCUGUUUGAACAACAACAGAAAAGAACUGAACGCAAUUCGAGACCACAACCAUUAGGAGCGAAACUAAAUUCUCGAUGAACAAGAACGAGUUUGUAAAAAUUUAUAUUUAUCGUCGCCAUGUGACGUCGUUUAUAUAUGAAAACGUUUUUAAAAUCGCGUAGUAUAUUGAUUAAACUGGGAGAAAAUCAAAGGAAAGCAUUAUUUAUAAGUUAUUAUUGUGUUCCUAUAAAAUUUGUCGAAUUGUAUUACGUGUCGAGAAACAAGUUGGGGAGCAUUUUGCUUAAAAAGUUAAAUGUUAUAUUUUAAGCUGUUUAUUAAUUAUUAAUACACUGCAUUUAACUUACUGUUUCAGUUAGACUGAAUAGCAUUUAAUAUUGUGGAAGACAUUGAACUUAUUAAAGAAUAUAUGUUGAAAACAUUCCAUGUAUAUAA